ACGUAACAUUCUGAACGAUAACCUGGCAAUUUAAUUUAUUUAUUUUUUUUAUUGCAGCGUGCCCGGCGGCGUCUGCAUUUGCUGCUUUUGAGCAGCCGCCGUUUAAACCCCGCUGUUUUAACAGAUAUAGGUAAUGGAGGAGUGGAAGACUUCUUGCAUCGCCCCAGCCUCUUCGUACCACGCUUACGCCUACGGUUUGCUCUACCCGGACCACCAGGCAAGCCACGCCGGCUACUGGGGUCCCGCCGGCAGUGGCGUUGUGAUGGACGUUGGGCAGCACCCGGGACCCGGGACACGAACCCCACAGCCGGACCUGUCUCCGGCAUAUGCGGGGCAGAAAGCAAGCAGCGACUCGGGUGAUAAAGAACCGCAAAGUCCCGAGUCUUGGUGCUCAAACGGCCCCGACGCGCCUCAAUCCGUCCAGGGCUUGGAAGAGUCCGAAUGCAGCGGCAGCUCCCUCGACGCCGAGCCGUUGUCUUCCACGCUCCAGGACGGCGACGAGCCCCGGGAAACUCCGCGGCUGCGGCUGGGCGGUGACGGAGGCUCCGCGCCGGAGGGAGACCUCAUCAACAUGGCGGCGGCGGCGGACGAACCGAAAGCCAAGAAAGCCAAGCCGCGGACCGCUUUUUCCCAGGAACAGAUGCAGGCUCUCCAGCAGCGCUUCCAGGUGCAAAGGUACCUGACCCCCGUGGAGAUGAAGACGUUCGCGGGGAUGAUAGGCCUCACAUACAAACAGGUUAAGACCUGGUUUCAGAAUCGGAGGAUGAAGUUUAAGAGGCACCAGAAAGACUCCAGCUGGGUGUCGGAGAGGUACCCCAAUAUCUCCGCUAAUGCACCGCUGUCGAAAUGGCCCUACCCCAAUCUUCCCAGCGAAGCUGCCCUCCCUUCAGAAUACUACAGCCAGCAAGGGGGGCUAAUUCCCGGGGACCCAAAGUACCAGCCGCUUCCACACCCAACCUCAGAUUACCCCAAACACAGCCCCUCUGGGUCCGUACCCCUGUACGCCUCCCAGCACCCCUACCAAACCCCCAUCUCCCCACGGGACGAGGAAGGGGCUGCUGAAUACUCCCCGGACUCUCCUGCGUCUUGCACUGCUACCCCCGCUAUUCCACCCCAUCAGAGGACAGUCAGCAGCAGCAGUGAAGAAGGCUGGGCCACGCUGCCCUCUGGUGGUCAUGGAGGGUCGUUGCGGUUUGAGUAUGCCCAGCAGCUUCAGCCUCCUCAGUUUCUCUAUCAGCCUCUUGAGCAGGUAACAGUGACAUCUGGUGGCCAUUUGAGGAAUCACUACUCUGGGUAUCCGCAGCAGCAGCAAAUGCCACCGCCAGCGCCCAACUAUAACCAUUACGGACUUGAGCAAAUGCUGUACAGGAGAGAUAAUAGCAUCUCUUAAUAUAGAAAGACUCUCUCUCUCUCUCACACACACGUGCGCAAAAUUACUAUUUAAUUUUUUGUUAAUCGUUGGUGUUGUGCAAUAUUUUUAUUUUUAAAUCCAAAAGAGAAAUAUGUCUCUUGAAGUUGCAAAAAUAUACUGCUUGCUUGCGUGUGUAUAUAUUAAAAUGUUGCUUCUGUUUUUAAAGACCAGAAGGGUUGCAAUCGUGCUCCCUCCUCCAAUCACCAGUGUUUUAAGCUACAGUUCCCAGCAUGCUUUGGGUGAGGGGGGGGGGGGGUGAUGGGAACUGUAGUUUUUUCUGUUUAAUUGCAGAGUGGUUAGGGGGUUGUAAACAGUUUGGCAGUGGCCAGGUUUGGAAUACAGCUCCCAGCAUGCCUCAUCAGUAUCGGUGAAGGAUUGUGGGGGCUGUAGUUUUUGGGGUGUACUGGCAGUUGUAUUCUAAAGGUUCUAAUUUUGGGGGGGGGGGGGCGUAGUUUUGCACCAAGUGUAAUUCCUUCAAAUCUUAUUUACUACGAUAAUAAAAAAAUGUAAAUGAUGCAGCUGCUGUGUUUUGCCACCAGGUGGCGCCAAAGUGCUUGUUGAAAUGAAAUGCAUGUGAAUGGCAACCAGUGCUUCUUGAAGGAAAUGUAAAUUUACCUCGGAGAAAACCCUUUAAAGGCAAAGUUGUGUUUUAGCUUUUAAGUUUUGUGUUUCUCAGAAACCAAAGCAGUUUAAACUCAAGUCUUGGUGUUGAGGUAGGAGAGGGCAGAACUGAAUAUUUGGUUUGCUUGAACAGGGAGAAUUCAGUUCAGCCAGGCUGCAAUUCAGACCUGACUUGUAAUGUAUUUGGAUACUGCAAUAAUAACCUUUUAUAAAACCUUUUUCCUAUUAAACUUAUUAAACCAAGAGGAGACAAAUGUUUCUAACUGGCUUUUAAUCUUCAUGAUUUGAGUUUUUCUUGUGCUUUUUUUAAAUGACCUGCCCUCAACACCAGCUCAAACCUUUCUGCCAUGUUUGUAGUUGUGUAACAGACUACAAGUCCCAGCAUGCCUCUGCACUAGCUGUAAUCAGUAAGGGAUUGUGGGGGCUGUAGUUCUGGGGCUGCAACUGUCUGGACAGAGAAGACAGUGUAUAUUAGAAAUUUUAUAUGAGACUUAUGUGCUGAUGAGAGGGAAGAAAUGAGUUUUUUAAAAAUACGCUGCUUCCAAAUUAAUUUAAUGCACACCCUCCAGGGCUGGGAAUCAGACUCCCGCUGCACAGCAGUGUGAUCCAGUCCUGGUUUCACUGGGAGUUUAAUAAAUCAGACACACCUGAGCUUGUUAGCUAGACACACUGGGGGCUGAUCAAGCUGGUAGCAGUAAAACCUGGAAUGGAUCACACUGCUGUGGAAUAGGAGUCUGAUUACCAUCCUGAUCCUGUGUUGGUUGAUUUGAAUUGUAAAAAAAAAAGACUAUAUAAACUGUAUUGAUGCAACUGCGAUUUUGUAAAAUAAUUUGGUUUUAUAAUAAAAUGUGCCUUUUUUUAAUAA